GGGGUCAAUACUGAAUGGGGUUUGCUUAUGGCAAGUAUUUCUGAAGACAAUGGCGAGGAAACUCCUUUGCAGGUGCGUUUGAAUGGUGUGGCAACUUUAAUUGGUAUUGUUGGACUCACAGUAGCUUUUGCUGUCUUGAUUGUGCUCCUCACAAGGUAUUUCACUGGUCACACCAAAAAUCCAGAUGGAAGCCGUCAGUUUAUUGCAGGCCAGACAAAAGUUGGUCGUGCCGUUGAUGGGGCCAUCAAAAUUGUCACUAUUGCGGUGACCAUUGUUGUGGUUGCUGUGCCAGAAGGUCUUCCGCUAGCUGUAACCUUAACUCUUGCUUACUCAAUGAGAAAGAUGAUGGCAGACAAGGCAUUGGUGCGGAGGCUAUCAGCAUGUGAGACGAUGGGGUCUGCUACAACUAUUUGUAGUGAUAAGACUGGAACCUUGACUAUAAAUCAGAUGACCAUUGUUGAGGCUUAUGCUGGUGGGAAGAAGAUUGAUCCGCCAGAGAAGAAGUCAGAGUUGUCUCCUAUGUUACACUCUCUGCUUGUUGAAGGCAUUGCUCUAAACUCAAAUGGCAGUGUAUAUGUGCCUGAGAGUGGUGGAGAGGUGGAGGUUACAGGAUCACCUACAGAGAAGGCUAUUCUUAAUUGGGGUAUCAAGCUGGGAAUGAACUUUGAAGCACUUAGAUCAGAAUCUGCAAUUCUUCAUGUUUUCCCCUUCAGCUCAGAUAAAAAACGUGGUGGUGUUGCAGGUCAACGGGAUAAUCAAGUCCAUGUACACUGGAAAGGUGCUGCUGAGAUAGUAUUAUCGUCGUGCACACAGUAUUUGGAUGAACAUGAUCAAUCUGUUCAAUUAGAUGAAGAUAAGAUGAAGUAUUUUAAAAGAGCUAUUGAAGAUAUGGCUUCACGUAGUUUACGUUGCGUUGCAAUUGCAUAUAGAUCUGUAGAACCUGAGAAUGUUCCUGAUGGCGAAGAACAAUUGAGUAAGUGGGCUCUACCAGAAGAGGACCUUGUUUUGUUGGCUAUAGUUGGUUUAAAGGACCCCUGUCGACCAGGAGUAAAAGAUGCAGUACAACUUUGCCAAAAGGCUGGUGUUAAGGUGCGCAUGGUCACUGGUGAUAAUGUCCAAACUGCUAGAGCUAUAGCAUUGGAAUGUGGAAUACUUGGUUCAGAUUCAGAUGCUACUGAACCAAAUCUUAUUGAAGGAAGAGUAUUCCGCGCCCUAUCUGAUGCCCAAAGAGAAGAAGUUGCUGAGAAAAUAUCAGUGAUGGGUCGAUCCUCUCCCAAUGAUAAGCUUCUCCUUGUGCAAGCGUUGAGAAAGAAAGGACAUGUAGUUGCUGUUACUGGAGAUGGUACAAAUGAUGCUCCUGCAUUGCAUGAGGCAGAUAUUGGUCUUGCAAUGGGCAUUCAGGGGACAGAAGUUGCCAAAGAAAGCUCAGAUAUUAUAAUCUUAGAUGACAACUUCGCUUCUGUUGUGAAGGUUGUAAGGUGGGGCCGAUCAGUAUAUGCAAAUAUUCAGAAAUUCAUUCAGUUUCAGCUUACUGUUAAUGUUGCAGCACUCAUUAUCAAUGUCGUGGCAGCAGUAUCCUCUGGUGAUGUCCCCCUAAAUGCUGUGCAGCUUUUGUGGGUUAAUCUUAUCAUGGACACUCUCGGAGCAUUAGCUUUGGCUACUGAACCGCCAACCGAUCACCUCAUGGACAGAUCGCCAGUUGGUAGAAGAGAACCUCUUAUAACAAAUAUCAUGUGGAGGAACCUGCUGAUACAGGCAUUUUAUCAAGUCACUGUGUUGCUUGUCCUCAAUUUCCGUGGUCGGAAUUUGCUUCAUUUGAAUCACUCUAACUUCGAAGCUAUCAAAGUGAAGAAUACGUUGAUUUUUAAUGCAUUUGUACUUUGUCAAAUAUUCAAUGAGUUCAAUGCCCGGAAACCUGACGAGAAGAAUAUAUUCAAAGGAGUCACUAAAAAUUACCUCUUCAUCGGGAUCAUUGCAAUUACUGUCAUCCUUCAGGUGAUAAUAAUCGAAUUUCUUGGGAAAUUCACAUCCACGGUCAGGCUAAACUGGAAAUAUUGGAUUAUUUCCUUAAUCAUUGGCAUUAUCAGUUGGCCUCUAGCUCUCCUUGGGAAAUUCAUACCUGUUCCUGAAACUCCCUUCCAUGUGUUCAUUAUCAGAAUGUUCCGUAAACGACAACCCGGGGGAGCUUAACUGUAAAUGUCACUGGAUGUGCACAGCAGCUUUAUCUUUGCUUUUUCAGAUUGUAGGAUGGCAGUUUUUAGGACCCUGAGCAACACUCUCCUUGACGCUGAGAUGGAAUAUUGUGGGAAUUGUUUUUUUUUGUGCUUCUAAAGCGCAAUCGUUCCGAGGGAUAUCGUUCUUUGGUAAGUCGUCGGCUUUUCUAACUUGCUAACCCAAUACGAGAAUGGUGGCUAAAGAAAACCGUCCUGUUAAAUAUAACUAUCAUGGUAUUUUACAAGUUUAAAUUUCAGUUCCUGUUUAUCAAUAUGUUAACAACUUUUGUGAUUUGGGGUUUGCUUGCUUAUGGUAUGUUGAUGUGAAACGCAGAACAAAUACUAUAAUUAUACGCCAUAAAUUCGAUUCAAUUCUUUGGUUUUUUA